ACGACGGCGAGGGGUUUGGUAGCGUUGCCGUGCGCUGUGUGAUCCGCGCGCUGCGUGCAUGGAGGAAGCAGCUGCUGAUCUGAUCUCUGACAUUGUGUGACAGACGCCUGAACAAACUGCGAACACUGCUGUGGCUUUUAAACCGCUUCGACGCACGUCCUGCAUGUUUACCUCUGUGAUUUAAUGGGUCCAAUCAGUGGGAUGUCACCAGAUAAGAAAACGGAAAUUCCGGCUAUGCAAGAGGAGCGCACAGGGCUCAGAGGUGUCUGCGGCGUAGGAACACUCCCAGAGGCCGAGUGUGCAUCCAGCCCAUUGGCGACCAGCGUGGAUCGUACGGGAGGUACCGAAGAUGAGGAGCUGACCAACCUCAACUGGCUUCAUGAGAACCUACUCCAGAACUUCACUCUGGGGGGUCCUGAAGCUCAGCCCAGUGGCAGCCCCCUCUUUGACAUAGAAGGAGACUAUAGGUCCAGCCAGGGCGCUUCAUCGUCAUCUUCCUCACAUAACAGAGGCAGAGUCCGGGACUCAUUGACGUCGAAACCUCCGUUCUCCUUUUCUCUGCUCAUCUACAUGGCAAUUGAACAGUCUCCCAGCAAGUCUUUGCCUGUUAAAGAAAUCUACGGCUGGAUUCUCGAGCACUUUCCUUAUUUCUCCAGUGCUCCGACUGGCUGGAAGAACUCAGUGCGUCACAACCUAUCCCUGAACAAAUGCUUCCGCAAGGUGGAAAGGACUUUGGGAAAGGCCAGUGGUAAAGGUUCACUGUGGUGUGUUGAUCCUGAGUACCGCCCAAACCUCAUCCAAGCCCUUAAGAAGCAACACGUCCCUGCUGCACAUGCCUUCUACACACCGCCCGCCUCCCCACCCAGUGCCUCAUCACCCCCUCGCCAUCUCUUUCUACAAGGCUGCUCAUUCAAAGAGUCUGACAUUGAUGCUGCCACUGCCAUGAUGCUCUUAAACUCUGCCCCUGGGCACCACGUUGACCCAUGCAACUCCGACGGUCCACUGGAUCUCUCCAGACCCGACUCAGUCUUGGUGAGCAGUGACCCAAAGCAGGAUCACAACUACAGCAGCGUCGCCCUGCAGCGCUGCUCCUCCCAUUCAUCCUCCUCAUCACUUUCCUCCCUGGACGAAGGAGGCUGUGAACAUGGGCAGUCCCACCGUGCCGGCAGCGAGGGCUUCCACAGUGAUGAAGACUCUGACAUCUGGGAUGAGAGGGGUCACCAUCGACCUUCACAUCAUGCACCCUCCAUCAAGUGGCCUGCUGGCAAGAGGGCACGGCGAGAGGUGAAGCCAGAACUGGAUGAAGAGCUGAAGGAAGCAGCAGGCUCAUUGCUGCACCUUGCUGGUAUACGCAGCUGCAUGGAGGGCUCCAAACACAAGAGCACAAAACUCAGCAGAAAAUAAAAAUUUUCUUCCCCCCUCGUCGGAUUCUUAUCCAUGUGAACCCUAACCUUUGACCCCUGAUUAUGUGUCCCAGUGUGCCUCCUUCUCCUUAUCUGAUCGUUCACUGGCCAUUUUGAGCCUUUUUUGUUUGGGAUAUUCUUCUCGAACAAAACAAAUGGCAAUAGUAUCGUUCACACAGGAGAACAAAGCCAUAUAGCGACUUUUGUAACUCGGGGGUGGGGGGUUGUAACUGUCAGGAUGGGUGUUGUAUCUGAGCUGUGGAAAACCACUAAGAAACCCAUCCAGAACAACCUACCUGCUUCUGGCGGCUAUGAUGAAUCAAGGAUUUUUGUUUUUUUGUUUUUGUUUUCCCUCUGAAAGACGAGAUGGGACAUAGUGAAGGUUUUAUAACUUGACACGUUGCAUGCUUCCUCCUCAAACCUUUAUCCUCUUCCGAGUGAAUCUAUUUAUGAAGCGAAUGAGUGCAUGUUUGUAACAACAAAAUCUAACCUCCUGGUGUUAUCAGUUUCUCCUUUUUGUGCUAAAGAAAAAAAAAUGCCAGUUUUGAAAGGAAUUUUUCUCUUAUGAAUCCUCUUAUGUGAGAGAUGCAAUAAUUAAUCCACAACCUUAACUUUUUUUUAACACUCUUUUAUGGUGGUCUUUUUCUGCACCACAUAUGUUUGUGAAACUUCACAAAUAAGAGGACGUAAGAGGUAGUAUUAUGUACUUGUUAUAUGGUAAACAACACAACAACUCUGGCUUUAUUUCAGGAUUAGUAAAAUGUAGAUAUAGUAUUAAUCUUCCACUGCCAAAUUCAGCUGCAAAGACAGCUAUGCUACUUUGCUCAGUUUUGUGUGCCCAUUACAGUGCUAAACAAAGAAAAAUAGUUUUUCUCCCUCCACACUUCAACUGUCAAUGCAUGUUGUUCAUUAGUAUGUUUGUUUUAAAUACAUUUAUUGUGCGGACAUAAAUCAUACUCGUGGUUGGUGACAGCCUAUGCAACGUGAGCUCCUGACAUUGAUUGGCAGAUGUUCCUGUGUUAGCAUAGGCUGUCUGUAGAUUUUAAACUUUUUUGUGAGCAUAUGUCAUCAUGCAUCAUACAUCAUGCAUGCCCACUUCAUCCUUAACGUGAAACAUCAGUCAUAACAGACAUGUUUCAAAUCAUCAGAAACAUUUCUUCACCGUGAGAAUAUUCGUAUUGCUCAAAUGAAUUCAACUGGUUUCAUGACAGAUCUUGUUCAGACACAUAGGUUUUUUGUGUUGAUACUUGGUAGGUUUGGUUGUAAUUCUGCUUUUAGCUGUUUUGAAUACAGAGAUGGCUAAGAGUAAAUUACAACAGCUUCUUGUCCCAUUAGGUGGAUUCUUUUUUUUAAACCAGGCACUUAAUAAAGUUUAUAAUUUUAGAGUUGUGGACAGAUGUUUACAUAAACUCAUCAUAGACAUGUCAGUAUUGAGCUUCCAUUCAUUUCUUUGACCUGUUCUUUUCUUGUAGCAGAACAAUUGUACUACAUCUUUAAUAGGUAAGAAAAAACACUCAAAAAUUUGGUUCAAAGUUGUAGUUUAUUAUAAGUUUCUGAAAUCAACAGGGUAAGAAACAUGUACUUACAUAUGUACAUACACUGUUAAAAUUAUUAAGGACUGAGAGGCUGAUAGAAGCUCCUGCUCCAAAAUUAAUGCCUUCAAGCUUGACUGGACAAAGACGGAAAAAAAAAACUUGGAAGAAAGUUUUAUUUUCUGAUAAGACACAGAUUGGUCGCAGGUGAGGCAUUUAAUCCCAAGAACACUGCACUAGGUGUUAAAGUGGGACUGGCACACUGGACAGUGAGAUUACAUUAAUGGAGGGUGAGAACUUGCUCACAAUUCUGAAGAAAAACCUCAAACUAUCAGCUAGACAGUUGAAACGUCGAAAGUCCUCACAUCAACCUAAUCAAAAACAUCUAGACUCUGGUCAAACAUCUGGUCCAAGCUAGGAAACAAACACAUUUCAUUGAAUUCUGCCUCAAAGUGGGGUCAAAUGUCCAGGCAGAAUUACCUGUGAAGCUUGUUGAUGGUCAGCACAACUGCCUGGUCAAGGUGAACUUAGCUAAUAGUGUUCAACCACAUAUUAGUUGUGCUGUAUGUAUAUUUCUGACCCUGUGUUGAUUUCUGAAAACCCAAAAUGUGCACAGUGUUCACGGGUGUUUGUUACAGGUAUAUGUUGUACGAUUAUUACGCACCAGAAGAACAGUUGAAAGAAAUCUCCUGAAAGCCGAUUACCACACCAUCUAUGUCCAUGUUGAGUGUAUAUAAAGUUAUGACCGUGACUACAUUUGCUCAUCCUGUGGCAAAGUUGAUUCACAAAUUGAGAGAUGAUGUUAAUAUGUCCAAUGUAAAGAUGGAGAACGGGACAGUGUCGUCAUUCCCAGAGUGAGUAGAAUUUGUUACGAACGUUAAUUGCCUCGAAGGUGAGAGGUUGAAGACCUGUGCUGCUCUUCAUGUUGUUGCCGCUGGUUCUCACUGGCCACACGUGUAUCAUUCUUGUUUUUCUUCAACAAAAUAAGGAAGUGUACACUCUUCUCAAGCUGUGAAAUGGAGUGCUUGUCACUUUAUUGCAUGCAGUUCGCUGAGGGGGAAGUUGCAAAUGAUAUAUGUAAGCAGCUAUGAUCCUCAUUGGAGCUUUUCAAAAAAGCUGCACACAUGAAGCGUAUAAAGUAGCAUGGAAACACAUAACAGUAAUUUACCUUUAUACAUACAUAUGUAUAUGUAUGUCUCGUUUGGCCACAGGAAAAUUGCAAGUCUGGAUCACAUUGUGUCACUGUCAGUGUCAGUGCCAAAUGUUAUAUGUGCCACUGAUGUAAACGUGCAACGACCAUGUCACUAUAUUCUGCUGCUGCCAUAACAUUGUGACGUAGAACAACAAUACCCUGCUUUUCUAAACUAUUCUAUCAGGACGUGAGACAUGACUAAAGUCAUUAUGGUGACUUUAAUCAGUUCUCUGAUUUAUUUUUAAUGGGAUGUGGUCUUAGCGGUAAGCUGUAGAUCUCACAAAUACUGCACACAAUGGUUUUGUUUAGCUGUGAAUUGGAACAAAUUACUGUUCUUUAAUCGUCUUAUUUAUGACGUUAAUUUAUGGGAUGAUUGAACGUAUACUCUGUCAGACACUGGUCAUUUGAAUCAAAUGAUUAGGCACAUUUAAUUUCUCCUCUGUGAACUGCUAAAUGUAAUUUUUUAUUUUGCUUUUUUUGUUUGUUUCCCAGUACAUACUUUUUUCUGUCACUAUUUUAUAGUGAUUUAGUUGCCAUUGUCUUUGUAAAGAAAUGCUUUCAAUUUAACAUCGACUGCCGGGUUUUCUUGUUUUGCUUUUUUGUUUUUAGGCUGAGUAGAACAGAGAUGAUUAACAUUGAUUCUGAAACCUUAUUGCUCACAAAAUUGAUGUACAGCUGGGAUUGAAAUUACUUACAGUAUGGACAGAUUACCUUCCAGAUGCAGAAUUAAUUUAAUUCUGGUUUAAUCAUUUUACAUUUGUCUCAUGUAGGAUUUAUGUGUCAAUAAUGUGACUGGUUACAAAUUUAUGAUUAGAAUAAUUGUGUUAAAUGAUGACUACAGUUGCAGGUGUUCAAAUGUCCAGAAUACCUAUGGGAAACAGACUAAGGGCCCUAUCUUUCACCACAGAUGCGUUGCACAUCUGCAGAGUUUAGCGCAAGUCCAUUUGGGGUGUUUAGCUGUAUACACACAUUAUGUAAUCUGAGCACAAAAUCGAGUACAGGGUGCAAAGGACUUGGAUUUGUUGUCUUGGUAAGCUAUGGGCAUGUUUUAGGUGUAAUCUUACAUGAAUAACUCAGCUGUUUGUUGUUAAGAGUGAAAGUGGACUCAAGUGAGAGGUUGUCAGGCGAGUUAACAGAGCUGCGUCAGGGCGUGACGGCGGAUAGCGGCCACCACAACUCCCUGAGUGGAAGCAGUGAGGUGAAGUUGCACAUUUUUCGGUGAAUGUUUUCUUUCAUUUAAUGGUUGUGUUCAGUUUGUUUUUGUUGUGUAUACAGACAGGGUGCACUUGUGUCAUGAACCCAUUCAUGUAAGACACAUCAGAAUAUGCUGUUUAAAUACCACAAAUACAGGAUGAUCAACAUCAGACUAGCUUCAUGGUGGUCUGUGGCACAGCCGCUUUCUGGUUCCACAUGGCACCAACACCGCUGACCACACAUCAUGUUUAGACUGAUACGGCCAUGAGUGCCAAAAACUUACAACUCUGUCAAGUAGAAAUAAGGAGUAAUGUCUGUGUUGCACUGGGUGACAGAUAGGGCCCUGAGUCAGCUCCCGUUGCUGUGUAAGUGCAGAUUUAUAUUUGGACUGACUGCAGCGGAAUUACAGAUGGUUCUCUUGAUUCAAAGAAAAUCACUUUCUUUCUGUUGCACCUGCAAAAGAAGAUUCUGUUGGUUUGAUGGGGACACUUCUGGGCUGUGGAGGAUCUGCACAAUUUGAAACCAAGUUGCUUCAUUGCUUGACAGGUGUUAAAAAUAUACCAAGUGUUAUUCAAAAUUCUGUUGCAGUUCCUGCGGGUGGACAUUUUGUUGCAUUUGACAAAGUUGCCAACCCAGUAUCAGUUUGUCAGUAAUUGCUGAGUUUUUUUUUUUUUGUUUUUUUUUAUUUCUUUUUUGGACCGAUACACCUUUUGGUUUUUGUAUGCUAACCUCUGUUGAUAAAAUGUUUAUAAGAUUUAUUUUCGCCAAAGAUAUGCAACAGCAUUAUAUAUGGUAUUACAAAAUAUUAAUAAAAACCUGUUGUUAUCAA